AUGGCCGAUGAACCCCUUCACUCCCGCCUGGUUCAGAUCUUGCAGACCAUACGGGGCGUUCGCUUGGACGAUGACGCUUGGGCGUCUAUGCAAGCAGGUGAAGAGCAGCCAUCCUUGCAUUCGCUUACCGUCUGGGCCGCUCUUAGUGCCUACUUGCGACGCAAUGGACACGAGAAAGAGAGCGAUGCUAUCCAGCAGACGUUGAGCAUCGCUACCGCGCCGACCAACUUGGGAGGCAUGGCUUUGUCGUGGAACGACCCGGUAGCGACCGAAGAGGCUGACGAACUACUUCUUCUGACCUCAGCGUGGCUUGAGUCGUUAAACUCAGCCGAGCGGUACGACGGAGUCGUUGCCGCCCCCCUACUUUCCCGUCCCGCUAGCCGUCCACCCAUGAACGUAACGGAGAAGAUAUUUGCUCUGCACGAUCUAUCUCAUGCCGGUUAUGUUAGGACCGGCGACAUAAUCACUAUCUCGGUAGACUGGGUGAUGGCGAGUGAAGCCAGCUGGCAUGGCAUGCUCCAAGCAUACAACAAGCUCGGCGACCCGGGCGUCUUCCGCAACGACCGUUUUUGGCUGGCCGGCGACCAUUUCGUCGACCCGCGGCUCGCCAACACGCCCCUGAUGCAGAGUCUAGUACGUAAAAUGGACUUUGCGCGUAAGAGGUUCAAGAUGACGCAAUUCCAAGGCAAUAACUAUACUAUCAUGCAUACCGAGUUUUACCGCGAGCGAGCUCAGCCCGGGCAGAUCAUCAUUGGUUCCGACUCGCACACGUGCAGCUCCGGCGCCAAUGGCUGUCUGUCCAUAGGCCUCGGUGCUACCGAGGUGACUAUGGCCUUGGUUACGGGCCAGAUCUGGUUCAAAGUUCCCGAGGUCGUGGAGAUACGCUUCACUGGCAAGCCAGCCCGCGGCGUCGGCGGGAAGGAUAUCAUCCUGUAUAUUCUGCAACAGCUGAAGCGAAACACAGUCGCAGCUGACAGGGUGGUUGAGUAUACUGGACCUGGCUGCCAAUGGCUGAGCUCGGAUGCGCGCUUCGCCGUGGCCAACAUGACUGCGGAAUUCGGUGGAAUCACAGGCAUAUUCGUUCCCGAUGUUGUCACAAAGCACUUCAUCGAGUCCCGUAAAACCAACCACCACAAGAAGGCGUCUUACUACUUCAAGGCCGACGAGGGAUGUUCCUAUGCCGAAUUGUACGAGAUUGACCUGUCCAAGGCUGAGCCCUCAGUAGCGCGGUACCCCAGCCCGGACGAUGUCGUGCCUGUCGGUAAGGUCGCGGGCACCAAGCUAGAUGGUGUCUUCAUCGGUGCCUGCACCACGGCCGAGGAGGAUCUGGUGGCAGGCGCCCUGGUGCUCCAGGCCGGCUUGGAUGCAGGCCUCAAGCCCGUCGCUCAUGGCAAGCGCCACGUCGUCCCCGGCAGUCGCCCCAUCGAGCAGCACUUGCGCAAGACAGGCCUUAUCGACAUUUACGAGCGAGCGGGCUUCACCAUCGGCAUCCCCGGUUGUUCGUUCUGUGUGGGACUCGGCGCCGACAUGGCUGCGCCGGGUUCGGUGUGGCUGAGCAGCCAAAACCGCAACUUUAAGAACCGCAUGGGCAAGGGCGCGAUCGGCUCCUUGGCCUCGGCCGCCACCGUGGCAGCUUCAUCCUUUAACAUGAUGGUAAGAUCGCCGCAGGAAUUGAUUGACUCUAUCCCAGAAGACCGAUGGGACAGUGUCAGAGGAAAAGGUUCGUUGCCUACCGGUGCCUUGGAAGAGCCCAUGUGGGUCGAACCACCGGGGCAGGAUAGUGCCAUCGGGGUAAACACGUCAUCGGGUGCUGCCACGGAUGCCGCUUCGAACAGCACCGCGACGAAUACGCCGCGCAGCGUGGACAAGUCGACUUUGGACACCAUUAAGAGCAAAGUAUACCGCAUGGGUGACUUUAUCGACACAGACGCGCUUGCCCCUGCUCAAUUCCUGCUCACGUCCGAUACCAACCAAGAGCUGGGGGCUCACUGCUUGGAGAGGACCGAUCCUGAUUUCCGCGCCGCCGUUAAAGCUGGCUGCGAAGUUGUUGUGGGCGGAAAGGCUUUUGGUUGUGGAUCAAGUCGCCAGGAAGCUGUUCAGGCUUUGCUGGGUAUUGGGGUCAAGUGUGUCAUUGCGAAGACCUUUGCAUUCAUCUUCGCUCGGAACAUGCCGUCCCUGGGACUAUUGGGCUUUACUGUCAACAAUGACCGAUUCUACGAGCUCGCAGAGACGGGCGCCGCCAUUGAGAUAGACCUGGUCCACAACGCGAUGCGCAUCGGCGGCGAAGAGUUCACCUUCGCGCUGUCGCCCCUGGAGAAGAGACUGACGGAAAUUGGUGGCUCGACCAACGCCUUCUCCAAGUUCGGAAAGCGGAUCUACGAUGCGCUGACAAGAGGAGUUGCCGUUUCUACGGGUAAGGUACACGAACCAACGGAGAAGCACAAGGGCACUACAAUCAUGGCGUGGUGA